AUGCUAAUGCGAACUAUAACCUGAAUCAUUGACACUUGAUCAUUUGAACAGUUCCAGAAGGAAUAGGCAAGGUGUAGAGACGAGAACAAUGGGUGACUGGUCAUUUCUGUCAACGUUGCUGGACAAAGUGCAGACCCACUCCACGGUCAUCGGGAAGGUCUGGCUGACCGUGCUGUUCGUCUUCAGGAUCUUGGUCCUGGGGGCCGCAGUGGAGAAAAUGUGGGGGGACGAACAGUCAAAGUUUGUCUGCAACACAAAACAACCCGGCUGUGAGAACGUGUGCUACGACAAGGCAUUCCCCAUCUCGCACGUCCGCUUCUGGGUCAUGCAGAUCAUCUUCGUCUCCACGCCGACCCUCAUGUACCUGGGUCACGUCAUGCUGAUUGUCCACAAGGAAAACAAACUGAGACGCCACCUGCAAAGCCAGGAGAACCAGACGGGGAAGGUACCCAAAUACAGCGACGAGAGAGGCAAAGUUCAAAUUAAAGGGAAUCUGCUCGGCAGUUAUUUGGUGAACGUGUUUUUCAAGAUCCUGUUUGAGACGGCCUUCAUUGUGGGCCAGUAUUACCUAUACGGCUUUACGCUGGAGCCCAUGUUUGUGUGCUCCAGGAAACCUUGUCCAUUUCAUGUAGAGUGUUACAUAUCUCGACCAACAGAGAAGACCAUCUUCAUCAUAUUCAUGCUGGUUAUUGCCUGUGUGUCUCUGUUCUUGAAUGUAGCAGAGAUGUUUCACUUGAUUUGCACCAGACUCAGGUGUGGGUCCGGCAGAAAUCACAAACAUCAGGUGAUUCCAAUGAGCAGCGAUCUGAAGAAAGAAAGCUGUGCAUGAUAAAAGCCACCUCACCCUUGAGGCUAGACAAAGCGCAAUGCAGGGCACAGCAUAGGAUCGGUCCCAUCUGGAAACUCACCUCCCUGCCU